AUGUAAUUAAUUGAUGCCAUUUUUGAGGAUCAAUUCAGACCAGCUCUCAUAUAACAUUAUAAACAAAACAAAAUAGUCAGAAGACCUGAUUAUCUUUUAAAGGCAUUAUAAUCUGUUGAUUAAAUACCUCUAGAAGAAUAAUAAAAACUUUAUGAUCAUUUAGAGAAAUAAUUAUUAAAAUGUUCUUCAUUGUAAGCUUUAGCAUUAAUACACAAUCAGAAUGAAUAGAUAGUAGAUUUGCUAUUAGAGUAUGUUUUGACAAAUGAAAAUGUAUCAAAUAUCUUUAAUUUUUCAGCAUACACAAUAAUUAUUUAGGAUUAUCGAUUGGUUUUUGGGAGCAAUCACAUUGACAAAGAAAAAUUACAAAAGUAUGUUCAUUUACAUAAAAAAUUAAAUGUAUAAUUCUUAGUUAACAAAUGAAAAAGUGUAGAGAUUCAUAACAUUAUUAUAAGUAAUAUUAAAUUAAUAUUUAUAGAAAGUAUUUUCAGAAUAUCAUUAUGAGUCUCCUUAUGCUUCAUUCUACUUUAAUUAUAUUCAUAGUGGAUUAGUUGUAGAUACAAGAGAAAUGAAAUGGAUUUUUAGCAAAGGGAUUUCUCUAUAAACAUGGCUUUAUCCAAUAGCAAUAAAAUCAGAAGCUGAAACUAAAAUUAUGUACUUAAUGUCUGAUAAAAAAAAAGGAUGUCAGUUUAUUUUAAAUGGAAACAAAUUAGUUUAUCAAUAUGUUGAUUUAAAUUGUAUACUUUAUUACUCAUUAUCAUACAGCACCUCAAAACGAAGUCCCUAUUAGUUUGAUCGAAAUACCUUAUAAUGAAUGGUCAUCCUUAUGUAUACAGAUUCAAUUGAAAAAAUUCUUCCUGUAAGAAUCCUAUUAUCUCUAUCUGACUUGUGGGAAUCAAUAAAUUAGAGAAAUCAAAAUAGAUUUUCCUCAAAUAUCAAAUGAUUCUCUUGUCAUAGAAUUUCAAUUUUUUACAAAUUUUUAUGGUUAUGUCACUUGUCUUUUAAUUUAUAAUGAUGGAUUUGAUGGAAAGUAUAAACUACUAUUAUGCAUAUAGUGAUUUAAGUUGUGGAGACAAAAACCUGGGUAUAUAAACAAAUGAUCACCUAAGAAAUUUACAUAAAUGUCAUGGAAAUAAUAAAUUAUUAUUGUGUUAUACUCCACUUAGAGCUAGAGCCAAUUUUAUUACUGAUCCAAUUAAUUAAUUUGAUGGAGCCUUACAAUCAUAUAGUGGAUCAUACUUAAGAAUAACAUAGAAAUAAUAAUUUUCAUAAUUUUGUAGAAUUGAAAACUUUGUUCCUCUAUUACUAUUUUUAAUUCUGUAGCCUUAUGAUUAAUUAUUGAACGAAUUGUUGGGUUUAUUUUGUUAAAUUUUUAAAUCAAGACCAGAAUCAUAAGCAGAUGCAAUUAGAACAGAAUAUUUAAGUUUGAUAGCCCUUAAACUUAAUGAUUCAGGACUUACAAUGAUCAAUAAUUAAACAAUAGAAUUACUUUCAUAAUUACAUAAUUCUAUUCAAGAUUAAAAAUUAAAAUAACAAUUUGUAUGCAAUCUAUUGUGGAGGAUCUAAAUUUAUAAAUUAGAUAGUUUUUCAAUUAUUGAAGAUUAUUUAAAAUUUAUUAGAGUAAUUUAUAAUGGUAAUCCUGAAUUUUGUAUUUCUAUUUUUGGUAUUAGUAAAAUAUUAGAAAUUUUGAUUUAUGAUAUUGAUCCCAAAAAUAGAUUAUGUUGUGAAGAACAUGCAAAUCAAAUGGGUUAUACUAAUUUUAAUUUGCCAACUAUACCCUAUUCUUAAUUAAUAGAUUCUUAUCUAAGUAUUAUCUUUUUUUUACAUUAUUAGAUAUAAUUGAUGCAAUCCUUCAUUAUAAAUUAUUUUAAUCAUAAUCCAACAUAGAAAAAGAGAAUAUUAUUGAUAUCGCAAGAGUUUUUACAUUAAAAUGCUCUCCUUGCUUUUACUAAUUACUACUCAAAAAGCUAUAAGGUUUAUUUUAAUAUGAAACUAAAAGUAAUAAUCCUAUUUCUCAGAUAUUAAUAUAAGAGGAAGUAAUGUAAAUGUUAUUGAAUUUAUUAACAACAUGUUCUUGUCCAGAUGUGAAAACUAGUUGUAUUAAAUUGAUAGCAGAGAGUAUUCGAAUAAAUUAAUCUUAAAAUGAAAAAGAAAUUGCUAAUUGGAUUGCUCAUACUUUAGGCAAUAGUGCUGCUGUUGAAGUAUUAGAGACAUACUCUGAUGAUGAAGAUGAGGAUGUAUAACCUAGAAAACCAUUAAUAAAUUAAGCUUUAGUCUUUCAUUAACAAGAAGAACAAUAAAAUUCUAUUGAGGAAAAAAAAAAGUAGCCUGUCAAACAAAAAAAAAAGAUUAUUUAACCAAAUAGAAGAAUUAUUGAUUAUGAACCUCUCUAUGUUGCAAUUAUGGAAUGGAUGUUAAGAACAAGAGUUGGAAAAACAAAUUCAGAUACACUUAUUUUAGAUGAGAAUUUUAUUAUUAAAUCUGAUGGUGGAUUAUCUUUAUUAAUUAGUUAUUUUUAAUAUUGCAUUGAUUCUGUCAAAGGUCGUAUUAUGUAAGAUUUAUGUAUGUUAAUUAAAUGGAAUCAGGCAAGUGCUAAUUUUCUAUUAAAUAAUGAAGAAUUUCAUUGGUGGAUUUUAUAAACUCUUUUAGAAAUUUAAUAUUAAUAUAAUAGUAGAGAAUUGACAUAAUUUGAAUUCUGGGUCUGGGAUAGUGGAUUAAAAUUAUAUUGUAAUGUUAUUAAAGCGGCUAUUUAAAAUGAAAAAAAUGGAUUUUAAAGGUUGGCUUAAUUAUAGAGUUAUUGUAGAGAAUUAGAAGAAUAAUAUAAAGAAUAAAUUAAUUAGUAAGCAACUUAAUUAUUGAUAAGAUUGAUAUAUAAGCAAUUAUUAUCUAAUUUAUCGUAAUAAUAUUUAAUUAAUAUAUUAGUGACUGCUAUAAAUUGGAUUUGUUUUCAUCCUUUUGGGUCAAUUUAUAUUCGGUUAUUUUUGAAACAUUCAGAUUAGUAACAGCUGAUCCAAGAACUAUGGAAAAUGAACAUUAUUAUUAAUUCCAUAAAUUCUAACCAAUUUCUUUUAGGUUAACAAUUUCAUAAUAGGAGAUGCCUAAAAGUAAAUAUUUUAUAUAAUAAUAUUCUUAGAAUGGAAGUAAUAAUUUGGAAUUAUAUAAUGGGUUGAUCAUAUAUUAAUUGUAAAUAUUUGUGAUAUUGUAAAUCAAUUUUGUGGCAAAUUCUCAACAUCAAUAAUUAGUUCUUUGGAGGAUUAUUAAAUUGUAUAAAAAGGAAUUUUAGGUAUUUUAGAGUAGAAGAAUCAAACAGAAUUAUAAAAAUCUUUUGCUGCCAUGAUGUUUUAAUUUGAUAUAGGAUUAGAAUAAGAUUAAUCUCCUAUUUUUGUUUAAGUUUGUUAACUUUUUCUUUAAUUGAAUGCUGAAUAUUUUGCAUUUAAUGUGUAAAGUAGUGAAAAUAUCAAAUAAUUACAAGUGAUAUUAAAUACACUUGAUAAAUUAGUCAGAACUCUGAUUAUCUCAUCUGAAACUUUAAGAGAUAAAGAAAUUGAUGAAAUUUAAGAUAAAAUAGUAUAUUUAAUUAUUGGAUCACAUUUCAUAUUUCUCUAUUAAAUGGAGGAUAAAAUAAAAGAGAUUAAUUAUGAUGAAGAAAUCAAAUAAGAAUUAUUAUAAAUUGUUAAAAAUUGCUUAUUUAAUUCAUUUAAAUUUCUAAUUGUUUAUAUUGAUAGUUUUACUUAAAUUUUAAAUAAAAAUGAGUCUUUUUAAGCUCUCAUUUUUGAAGGAUACAAACAAUACAAAUUGUAUUUAGUUAAAAUGCUUAAUGAUUUAAUUAAAAAGGACAGUUCACACAUAUUUGAUGUUAAUGAAACAAAAUCAUUAAAAUUAAAUAAUAAAUUAAUAAUCGAGAAAAUGAUAUCUGCUAAAUAAGUAUUUGUAGAUAAUCAAACUUUAUUGUAAAAAAUAUAAGAAUCAUUUUUCAUGAAUGAAGAUUAUUAUUUAAAAACUAAAUGUGAUUUUGAAGAAUCUUUUAGGAUUUUUGCAUAAAAGAAGAAAACAUUAUAAGAUAAAUUACAAUAAUAACGUUAGGGAAUCGAAGAAGUCUUAUUCUCAUAAAUGUAAUUCAUUACUAUAUAUUACAUAUAGGAUAUCUUAAUCAACAACAUAUUCUUAUGAUUAAAAAAUACAAAGAAUAGAUUCUGAAUAAAUAUGUAUGAGAUAAGCUAGAUACAUGUUUAAAAAGUCAUUUAAUAGAGUCCGUGUUUUUAAUUAAUGGUGGGCUCAUCCAGAAUUUAAAGCAUAAAUCGAUAAACCAUUUGAUUCUAUAGAUAUGCAUUAUGAAAACAUUAAAUAAAAUUAGAUGUAAAGAAAGUAAUAUAAAUUAGAUUUACAUGGAAAAUGUGGAAAUAUGAAACUAAAUAAAAAUCAAGACCAUUACUCAAACCAAAGUUAUAUGAUUAUCCAUAAAUUGAUAGUGUUAUGCAAUCAUAAUAAUAGAAUACAAGAAUAAUGAAUUUGGUUGAUUAUGAUAAGAAAUAACCAGAAAGACAAAGAAGGAAAAUACAUGAAAUUAUAUUUGAUACUAUCCUACCAUUUUAUUCAUAAUAACAUGAAUAAGAUGAAGUAAUUCUUCACAGAGUCUAAUGGAUUAAGACAUUAACAGUUAGAAUAGGUUCUUUACGUAUAAGUGAUACUCAUUUGAUCUUUUAUUUUGAAUCUAUUACUCAAAAAGAAACUCAUUAAAGUUUGAUUAAAUUUAGAGUUCCAGAAGAUUCUUAAUUAGUAAAAUAAUGGGAUUUGGAAUAAAUAUAUGAUAUUUAAUAUCGAAGAUAUAUUGGAAGAUGGACAUCUUUAGAAUUGACAUUAUUGGAAGGUAGUACACUUGUAUUCAAUUUUUCAAAUGGAGAUUAUUAAAAAGUCAUAGAGAAAUUGAUUUCUUUAAAAAAACAUAGAACUAUUAAUCUUAAACCUAGAAUUUUAUCUGGUAAAUUAGAUCCUGUGAGUGUCAUUUUAGAAAGUAAGGCAAUGAAUAAAUGGUAUAAUUAUAAGAUUACAACUUUUGAAUAUUUAAUGAAAGUAAAUAAAAUUGCUGGAAGAAGUAAUAAGGAUUUAACUUAAUAUCCUGUAUUUCCAUGGAUAAUGAAUGAUGGUGAGUAAUUACAUAAAUAUCGUGAUCUAACUAAAUGUAUGGGAGCUUUGGGUACAAAAGAAAGAAUUGAAGUUUUUGAAUAGAGAUACAAUAUGGUAGAUCAUUUUAAUAAGGUUCCAUAAUUUCAUUAUGGGAGUCAUUAUUCAAGUCCAGCAAUUAUAUUCCAUUAUCUUAUUAGAUUGAAACCUUUUUCUGAUGGUGCUAAAGAAUUGCAAUCAGGUAAAUUUGAUUUAGCAGAUCGUCUAUUUUUUUCAUUUGUUGAAACAUAUAGAAAUGCAGUUGAAGAAUUAAGUGAUGUCAGAGAAUUGAUACCUGAAUUCUUUUAUUUACCUGAAAUGUUUCUUAAUUUAUCAAAAUAUGAUUAUGGAUUAUAAUAAACUGGACAUAGAGUAAAUAAUGUAGACUUACCUAUUUGGAGUUAAUAAAAUCCAUAUUUAUUUAUUUGUGCUCAUAGAAUGGAAUUGGAAAGUGAUUAUGUUUCAUAACAUAUUUGUAAUUGGAUUGAUUUAAUUUUUGGAUAUAAAUAAAAAGGAGAGGAAGCAGUAAAAGCUUUAAAUACAUUUUAUUAUUUGACAUAUGAAAAUUCUAUAGAUUGGGAUUCAAUUAAAAAUGAAAAAUAAAAGAUAUCAUUAGAAUCAUAAGCAAUACAUUUUGGUUAAUGUCCAAGUUAAAUUUGGGAUAGACCUCAUAUAUCUAGAGGAAAAUAAAAAAUUAUAUAUAGAGUUGUAGAUGAAAAGAUAGAAAAGAGAAUUUUUAGAUAAAAAUAAAAUAAUCCCUAAACUUAAUCAUAAAACUAUUAAAGAAGCAAAUCAAUUAUUAGAAUGCAUUUUUUGAGUGAUAACAAAGUUUGGAUGAUUCGUCGUAAUGGAGAAUGUGCUACUAUUAAAUUAGAUUUAAAAGACAAUAAAUUUGAUCUUAAUAAUUAGAAAGAAUAAUCUAUCAAUUUUUGUAAAUUUUUGGAUGAAAAUUAAUAUUUAUUUGAUUGGACUUGUAAUUAUGAUGAACUCCCUGUUUUAAAUAGAGGGAAAUAAGUAUUGAUUGGGGGUAUUUGGGAUGGUAGAAUGUUAAUAUAUAAUAAUGGUAUCAUUUCUGAAUAGAGAUUUGAAUAAGAAUACACUAUAACUGUAAUGAGAUUUGAUUAUAAAAUGAGAAUAUUAGCAACUGGUAGUAAGGAUGGAACUCUUAUAAUUUAUAAAGUGUUUAAUAAUACAUAUAUUCCUAUUAGUAAGCAUCAUCAUCAUGAUUAAUAAAUUACAGAUAUAUUUAUUUGUAAUGAUUUGAAAGUUGUAUUAACAUGUUCUAGUGAUAGUUGGAUUCACAUGUAUAAUUAAUGGUCAGGCAAAUAUUUAAGAAGCUAUAGACAUCCUAAGGGGUUACCUAUUAGUAAAAUUUGUAGUUAUUGUACUCCUUUGUAUGGAAUAGCAUUUUAUGAAAACAAAAAUAUUUAUUCAUAUAGCAUAAAUGGGUAAUUCUUGGCACAUCUUGAAUUAAAAUAAUAUGUUGUUAAUUAAGGACAUCUCAAAGUUGUUAAAGACUCAAAACUAACAGAUAUUAUUGUAUGUCUUAUUUACAUAAUAUUAGGUCUUACCAUUAUGUAUGGAAAAGAAAAUUUUGAUGUUAACAACUCCUUUUCUAUAAAAAAGAAAUGAGAUUUAACUGACUGAUUGUUAACAAUCAAUGAAUGAUAUAAGUUCGUUUGCUUUAUCUCCAGACAGAACAAUUUUAGCAUUUGGAACAUCUGAUGGAGAGUUUGGUUUGGCAGUUGAUUAGAGAAUCUUUUCCUAAGAUUGA